AUGCGAUCCACUCUCUUGCUCGCCGCCAUCCCGCUCGCGGCGGCGCUUCCCCAUAGCCAGCCCGUCGGCGGCGUCCUUGGGCGACUGAGGCAUUCGGUCAAGAUGGACCCAGUGACGACCUACUCAGCUACCAUACCCUCAGACAUGUACUCGAAGUUGAGCGACAAGACAGGCGACACGGUGGUGGUCCCCCCCCUGGCGCCGGUCCCAGCCAAGACUGUCGCCCAGCCCGCAAACAUCCCAGAGACCGAGUUUGCCGAGCCGGCGGCAGCAGCAGCAGCCGAGCAGAAAGAAAACAAGAAGGAGUCCAAGCCGGCGCCCAAAGAUGAAAAAAAGAAGAACAGCGCCCAGAGUUCUGAACCAAAGGGAAAGGGAUACCAAGAUACAGCGUCGAACUUGCACAACUCCGCGCGCAAGAACAACCCCGUCAAGGCUGGGUUGAAAGAUUUGACGUGGACCGAUGACCUACAUAAAGAUGCUCUCGACUGGGCCAAGGGAUGCAAUUAUACGCAUGCCGAGAUGAAGCUCGAUAGCCCCGGCACUGUAGCCGAGAACAUCGCUUGGCAGGAGCAAGGUGCCACGUUCAAGGACGAGCUGUCGGCUUUGAAUGCCAGCUUUGAAAGCUGGUAUGACGAUGAAUUGCCAUGGUUCAACCCUGCCCAGCCCGACGUCGUGCAAACCACGGCCAGAGGCAACGUGGCUGCAGGCAAGAAGAAGGCCACCAGUGUUGGACACGUCAAGAAUAUUCUCAGCGAUUCCUUCAACGAGUUCGCCGUCGCAAGUUACUUGUGCACGACGCUUAACAUAAUUGAGAAAUCUUCUUCCGGAGUUCCGGUGGUGAAGAGAACUGUGACGAACGGCUGGUUCUCCGUUGCCCGAUUCAGCGGUCCAGUGGCAUCGAAUGGGCAAACCGACGCCUACGCGCCUGUGCAGAACUCAGUCUACCGCUAA